GCUAAACCGAAGAACCGGUUCUGAACCUGAAAAGCUCUAGCACUGAGCUUGAACCGGAAUUGCGUUGGUGUGAAUGAGGUCAUAUAUGAGCUAUCAUCCCUCUGUUUUUAGAUAAGAAUAACACUGUGUGUAGUCACUCACAGAAUAUCUGAGUGGCUAGAUGGGGUGUCCUGCUAUCACCCUGAAGUGAAAUAAGUCUGUGAUACUGUAGAGUUUUUGUUUUAUUAUUAAUUUAAGCUCCAGUAUAUAUGAAUAUAUUUGGUAUGUUUUUUAGGUGUAUUUGUUAUUGACCGAUUUUGAAGGCAGUUUUUCCAGGCCUCUGCCGUAAUGCAUAGGAUAUUCGCGCACCGCAAUACAACGUGCGGGCUGGCUUGACUUUGUUUUCCGAAGUGGAGGCUGGUGGCUUGACCGCAGUGGGUCGAGGCAGGGUAAAUCCUGCACUCGCAAAAGUCACCAAUCUCAAAAAGCUGAUAGCCUACUAUAAGAUUAAAUAGAAUUGAGCACAAGAACAUUUAAUUUUCAAGUGUUAAAUAAUAUAAUCUAAUCAAAAAGCAUUAGCAUUCAUUGGAGUGAUAUUGUUAUAAUAAAACAGAUAUCUCCUUUUACAUUAAGAUAAUUCAGUCUUUUGGAUAUUUUUCUAUCAUUCUGCCAUAUCAUACAAACAUGCUUUGAAAAAGGCCAGCUGAGCACUGGAGUUGAACACCGGAAACUAAUACCACAUGACUCCAGCUGGUGUUUCCCGCCUGUAUUCAUAAUGAUUUUGUAGGUACCCGGAAACUGCAUCAGAGUGGAGUGACAGCUCUCUGCCGUUUGGUCUGCUGCAGAUGAUGACCUCAAUGCAGCGGCUGGUGGAUUACAUAUUCAGUUUUUAGUGAUAAAGUAGAUUAUCGAGUUUCCUUUCGGAUGUGAAACCAGUGGACAGUGGACCAACAAAGUCGUCCGUCAGUCCGUGGUCGCCGUGUGUUCAGCAUUCAAACGUUCCGCCGUCUGAGAGACAGGUUUUGGGAUGAACAGGUCCAGCCAGCCUCCGGUCCCCAGGGUGACCCGCAGCGCCGGGGGCCGACUCACCGAGCCCGCAGAGAGGCUGGACUCCGUGCCGGGUCCAUACGGAAAACAACGACGGAAGCAGACUGACUCUGCUCUGGCCCAGGACCUCAGUCAGAUGAGUAUGAGCGGACAGGACACUCUCAACAACAGCAGUCCAUCUGCUUCAGCUGUCAAAUCCUCCUCCCGGGGGGGUCUAGCCUCUGUGGCUCGGCUGGUCAAACUGGGCCGCUGCAAGAACGUGGUGGUGGUGGCCGGAGCAGGAGUCAGCACAGCCAGCGGCAUCCCAGACUUCAGAACUCCAGGAACUGGUCUUUACGCCAACUUGGAGAAGUACAACAUCCCUUACCCAGAAGCUAUUUUCAACAUUGACUACUUCUCCAACGACCCGCAGCCCUUCUUCUCCCUGGCCAAGGCUCUGUAUCCCGGCAGCCACCGUCCAAACUACAUACACUACUUCAUCCGCAUGCUUCAUCACAAAGGACUGCUGCUCCGAGUGUACACCCAGAACAUCGACGGACUGGAGAAAUUGUGUGGCAUCCCAGAUGACAAACUUGUGGAAGCUCACGGUAGUUUUGCCACAGCUGCCUGUCACCUCUGCUACACUGCAUACCCCGCUGAAGAGGCUAAGAAGGCCAUAAUGAAUGAUAAAGUCCCCAUAUGCACCUUCUGCGCUGCAACAGUGAAACCUGACGUUGUGUUUUUUGGAGAGGACCUUCCUCAGAAGUAUUUCCUCAACACUCAAGACUUUCCCAAAGCAGACCUGCUCAUCAUUAUGGGCACAUCUUUACAGAUUGAGCCAUUUGCCAGCUUGGUGAACACAGUCCGCUCCACCGUGCCCCGCCUCCUCCUGAACAGAAACGCUGUGGGACCCUUCGAGAAGGUCCCGCUGCGGAGGACGGACCACAUGGAGCUGGGCGACCUGGAGGAGACAGUGAGGAGGUUUGCUGAAAUGCUCGGCUGGAACGAUGACAUAGAGGAGCUGAUGAGGAGUCAGGAAACACUGAGCCUCCCUACGCUGAUAAGCAGCCCUCUGUCAGUGGACCAGACGUCCUGUCAGAGCAGAGGAGCUCCGGCUGGGACGGAGACCUCCAGGUCCAAAGCGGGGGGGCAGAGGGGAGCCAGCAGCGGCAGUGAGGAGACGGACUCCGAGACGGACAGCAAGAGCUCUGCGUCCUCCAGCCAGAGCACCUGACUCUGACGUUUCCUAAACAAUAGGCUCUGGAAAGGUUUCAAACUGUUCCUCCUCUUCUGACACUAACACUGUUCUCCAGUUACCUGUUCAUAUGCACGACUCAUUCGUUUCUAAAAUGGACUAAAGGUGCAACUUGUUUAUCUGGGAGUCACAGUGUGUCAUAGUUGUAUGUUCAUAUGUAAAUAAAAAAACGUGUUUAUCAAGCUAUUUACAAGCAUAUUUAUAGCACUUAUAGAGCGAGUGUCCAUCGAGAACACUACUAUACAUGUAUUGUAACAACAAUUCUAAUGUUUAUUCAGGUGUUUUAUAUGUCCCAUGUCAGUCAUCUUGUUAAUGUUUUAUAUAACUGUAUUUUAAACAAAAUUCAAUA